ACUCUCUCCUCUCUCUCUCUUUACUGUAACUGUUACAGGGACUAAGUUUCUAACCUUUUUAUUCUCUCUUGCUUCUAAUCUUUCCCUUUCGCCUUUAUUAAUUCAAAAACAAGAAAUUUGCCUUCUUUUCCACUCCUCAACAAGACAAACAGUAGUAGUUAUUUGCUCUCACUUUUUGUUUAUUUUGUCUUAAGUAAACUCAAAGCUUAAAGCUGCUGCCGCUUCCGCUGACUCUACCCUCUUAAAUGCUAUGCUAAUCUUGGGCUAAAAGUGCUCAACUAUUAUUUGGGGGUGGAAUCAAAUCCUCAAAGUUUGUGAAUUCCUAUGUUGCUAGCUCAUUGUCCAAAGAUUACCCAUUUCAGCUAAUUACAACAUUCAUGCUGGAUCUAAAGCUUCUCUCUUUGCAGAUUCUUGAUAUUGCUGGAAAUGGGUUUCUUCAGUUGGUUGGUUCUUUGGAGGUUUCAGUUAUAGUUUCUCCAUAGAGAGAGUGAGAGAGAGCUGGAGAAAUGGCAGCUACUGGGUUCAAUUAUCAAGGCAUUAUUUGAUGAGAGAGUCUUCCUGCAUGCUUCUUUCUCCAGGGAAACAGCAAUAAGUGAAGGGCCUAUAUUUCCAUAUAGCAAGUCCAAAUCAACUCCCCAUGAAGAUCUUCCUGGGUUCAGUUAUUUAUUUCUUCAUCAUCCUAACCAUCAUUUUUCCUUUUGCUUUUGCUGACCUGAAGUCAGAUAAGCAAGCUCUUCUGGACUUUGCUACUGCUGUACCUCAUUUAAGGAAGCUCAAUUGGAACCCCGCUUCAUCGGUCUGCAAUUCUUGGGUGGGUGUCACUUGCAAUUCGAAUCGCACUCGUGUGUCUCAACUGCGACUCCCUGGAGUUGGACUUGUGGGUCAUAUCCCACCAAACACUCUUGGUAAACUUGAUGCCCUCAGGGUUCUCAGCCUCAGAUCCAAUGUCCUCGAAGGUGAUCUUCCUUCUGAUAUUACCUCUCUUCCAUCACUCACGAACCUCUUCCUCCAACAUAAUAACUUUUCCGGUGGCAUUCCAACCUCCUUUUCCUUGCAGCUCAAUGUGCUGGAUCUCUCAUUCAAUUCUUUCACAGGCAACAUUCCUCAAACAUUAGCAAAUUUAACACAACUUAUUGGGUUAAGCCUCCAAAAUAACACACUUUCUGGACCCAUACCUGAUCUUAAUCACACUAGGAUCAAGCGUUUGAAUUUAAGCUACAACCAUCUUAACGGUUCAAUUCCAGUAUCUCUUCAAAAUUUCCCUAAUUCAUCCUUCAUUGGAAACUCUCUCUUAUGUGGACCUCCUCUCAAUCCUUGCUCCCCAGUCAUUCGUCCACCUUCUCCAUCUCCUGCUUACAUUCCCCCACCAACAGUUCCACGUAAGCGAAGCUCAAAAGUGAAACUGACAAUGGGAGCUAUCAUUGCCAUAGCUGUGGGAGGGUCUGCUGUUCUGUUUCUUGUUGUUUUAACCAUCUUGUGCUGCUGUUUGAAGAAAAAAGAUAAUGGCGGCAGUAGUGUGUUGAAAGGGAAGGCAGUUAGCAGUGGAAGGGGCGAGAAGCCCAAAGAAGAGUUUGGAAGCGGGGUGCAAGAACAUGAGAAAAACAAGCUGGUGUUCUUUGAAGGUUGCUCGUACAACUUUGAUCUCGAGGAUUUAUUAAGAGCUUCAGCUGAAGUUCUAGGAAAGGGUAGUUAUGGCACAGCAUAUAAGGCUGUCUUGGAGGAAUCAACUACAGUUGUGGUGAAAAGGUUGAGAGAAGUGGUGAUGGGGAAGAGAGACUUUGAGCAGCAAAUGGAGAAUGUGGGGAGGGUUGGGCAGCACCCAAACAUUGUGCCACUUCGUGCUUAUUACUACUCAAAGGAUGAGAAGCUUCUAGUGUACGACUACAUCCCUGGUGGCAGCUUAUCCACGCUUUUGCAUGCGAACAGGGGAGCUGGCAGAACUCCACUAGAUUGGGACUCCAGAGUUAAGAUUGCCCUUGGAACUGCUAGGGGAAUUUCCCACCUGCAUUCAGUUGGUGGUCCAAAGUUCACUCAUGGAAAUAUCAAGUCGACAAAUGUCCUCCUUAGCCAAGACCAUGAUGGUUGCAUCUCUGAUUUUGGCCUGACCCCUCUUAUGAAUGUCCCUGCUACUUCAUCUCGGAGUGCAGGUUAUCGUGCUCCUGAGGUGAUUGAAACUCGUAAGCACACUCAUAAAUCAGAUGUCUACAGCUUUGGUGUUGUCCUCCUCGAGAUGCUGACUGGGAAAGCUCCAAUCCAAUCACCAGGACGUGAUGACAUGGUUGAUCUCCCUAGAUGGGUCCAAUCAGUUGUAAGGGAGGAGUGGACAGCUGAGGUUUUCGAUGUUGAACUGAUGAGAUACCAAAACAUUGAAGAAGAAAUGGUGCAGAUGUUGCAAAUUGGAAUGACCUGUGUAGCAAAGGUGCCAGACAUGCGACCUAACAUGGAAGAAGUUGUUCGAAUGAUUGAAGAAAUCCGGCAAUCUGACUCAGAGAACCGGCCAUCCUCUGAAGAGAAUAAAUCCAAGGACUCAAAUGUGCAGACUCCGUGAUUGACUAAUUGUUGUUGCUGCUUGAUUUCAGGAUCAAGAUUCAAAAUGUGCUAUGAGCAACUGCCUUGAAAGGUUUCUGGAGCAUAUUUUCCAACUUAUGUGUAUGUGCAGCAUCAUAGAGUGUGAAUUUGUCUCAUGUUUUUCCUUUGUUAUUGUGUAGUAUUGCUUUGAUUUUCGAUUUUUUAGUCUGAUUAGGUGGAAACCUCUUGAUUCGUUGUAAAAUUUAAUUCAAUACUGUGAAUGAAUUGUUGACUUGAAUCAAGAACACUGCAUUUUUUCUGCCUUA